AGACUUCCUUAAGCGAACAACCUGCAUACAAGCGAUACCAUAAUUGUACCGAAUCAUAGUUAUCUUAUCGAUGCUGUUCUGAGCGGAGCAAAUUGGGUAAUCUCCGGGCACUUGGUCUCUUUUAGAUAUUUAAGAACUCGCAUAUUUUUUUGAAAAUUUAGUCUGCCGACAGCUCCUGGUUGAUAAACAUAAAGAAGUGUCUCAAAAAAAUUUAAAUGAAUCAAAUACCCUUAAUAAGGUUACUACUUCUCUGCCUUUUGGGUUUUGGCAAUGGAGCGCGAAUUCUGGCACCUUUUUUCCUGCCAGUGCGAAGCCAUUUUAUGAUGACGAAUGCCAUAAUACGAGAGCUGGUAAAACGUGGCCACGAGGUCACCUUCAUAACACCACUAUCGCUGGCCAAGGAAAAUUUGGGGCCCAACUACAAGGAGAUCUUGCUGCCCCACUAUGAUACAUGGUCUGAUAUUAACAAGUUGAUAAAAACUAACUCGGCGGUUGACAUGGUCAGUUUAUCGACGCUAACCCACAUGAAGUUGGCCCAGCAUAUCGGUGUUAAGUCCACAGAUUUUGCCCUAGCACACCCAGAAGUUCAGGAGCUAAUCCAUGCCAAGGAUAAAAAGGGAAGGUACGACCUGCUUUUUGUGGAGCAGUUCCACAACGAAGGUGCUCUAAUGCUGGGUCAUCUCUACGAAAUUCCAACCAUCAGCAUAGCUACUUUCGCCUAUGCCAACUAUUUCAGCCAAGUUUUCGGCUUCAUAACUCCGUUAUCUUAUGUUCCCAAUGUGUUUCUACCCUACACUGAUAAAAUGAGUUUGUGGCAUCGGUUUGAAAAUGUCUUACUUAGCGCCUCUGAAGAUUUUAUCCGACACACCUCCUACUACCCGGCACAAGAUGCAGUUAUUAGAAAGCAUUUCACCAAAGUAUUACCAAAAGUGCCAACUGUCAAGGAAUUGGAGCGGAACAUUUCAGCCAUUCUCUUGAAUAGCUACAUGCCAAUGACAACGUCAAGACCUUUGACCUUUAACAUGAUAUCUGUAGGUGGCCUGCACAUUCUUCCUCCAAAGCCACUGACAGGUGAAAUUAAAACCUUUCUAGAUGAGGCGGAUCAUGGCGCUAUCUACUUUAGCUUGGGUUCUCAAGUGCGCAGUGCUGACAUGUCGCCCGAAACACGCCAAAUAUUUCUCAAGGUCUUUGCAGAGUUGAAACAAAGAGUUUUAUGGAAAUUCGAGGACGACAAGAUUUCCAAUCUUCCUGCUAACGUGAAAGUGGCAAAAUGGCUUCCACAGGCAGAUAUCCUGGCACAUCCCAAUGUAAAGGUUUUCAUAGCCCACGGCGGAAUCUUUGGAAUGCAAGAGGCAGUGCAUCAUGCGGUUCCAGUGCUGGGUAUGCCAUUCUAUUUCGAUCAAGAAUCAAACAUAAAUGCUGGCCAAGCUGCUGGCUAUGCAAUCGGUUUGCAUUAUUCAUCCAUUACCGAAGAGCAGUUGAGAUCGGCACUGGGAGAGCUACUCAGUAACCCCAGCUAUAAAACUAAUAUGGAUCGUGCUUCAGAAAUCUUCCGGGAUCGUCAAGUAGGUGCUAUGGAUACAGCGAUUUACUGGAUUGAGUACGUCAUCAAACAUAGAGGUGCCCCACAUCUAGUAGCUGCCGGAGUUCACCUUCCCUGGUACAAAUUCUAUCUUCUCGACGUAUUUUCAAUCCUAGUGGCUAUAUCUGUGCUGCCAAUUUCAAUAUUGUAUGUUAUUUAUAGAAAACUUCAAGCAACAGGUGUAAAAUCUAAAUCAGACUGA